GUCGGGGCCUGGGCUCCUGCCCGAUGCCGGCACCGCGCGCACCUUCUGAACUUAGCCUGUAUUUCGCCGGUGGUGGCGCUUCUCGGCUUUUGCAAAUCACGUUGUUAGUUUUUGAUUGCUAUAGACAUACGAAGGGACACUUUGGCCACAUUCAGAGUAUAUACAGGUCUUUUAAUGAUCUUAUGCGUGUAACCGUAACAGAGGCAAAUGUGGGGAGAAAAGACCAAAUGUGGUUUUCAGCUAAGAAAAGUCAGUGGUUGCUCUUGUUUAUCAGUUACUGUCCAUUACAUAGAGUAAAGACUCUGAAGAAAAAAAAGAUUAGAAAUGUGGAAAAACCUGGCCUCCUUGUUAAAUCGUGUAAUACCGGGAGUCAGUCAGAAUAGUGGCCAAGAAUUUUUUUCGUUCAGGUCCCUAAAUAUAGUGAAAAAACUGUUCUUGAAAAGAAUUGUUUUUGAAGACAAAGCAUCUGAUUUGGUUAUAUGGAGAAAUUAUUUCUAGAGUUGCUUGGUCAUUCUAUGAUAAACAAGAAUACCAACGAAGUUUUGCAGGUCGCUAUACUAUAGGUUUUUGUGUGUGUGAUUUUUGCUUUACCUGCCAUGCCCUCUGUGCCUCAUAAUUCUUUGUGGUGUGAUCUUUAAAAAAUAGAACGCUACAAGUAAGCUUUCUGAAAAUCAAGUAAAUUCACUCCAGUGCUUUUUUUUUUCCUCCUGUAGUGAAAAAAUCUAUCACCUUUCUAAAGUUUUGAUAAUGCAUAAUAAUAGCUACUGUUUAUUCAGGGCCUCCUGUGUACCAGGCAAAGUAUUAGGACCUUUCUCUUCAUUGUCUUUUAUGUAUUAAGCAGUCCAACUAGCUGCUUCAUCCUGGAAGUGUAGAAAGGAGAUCGAAAUUCAAAGACUGUUAAACAUUUAUUCUUAGUCCCGGACACCUCCAAGUGGAUGCAUCCCAAAAGGAACGCGUCUACCUUCUCCCUUCCUUUCCCCACGUUCCUGCCACCAUAAAAAUAAAAGAAACAGAAAACCAUGCACACAAGCAUUGUGGUGCCUUUUCUUUCUCUCAGGGAAUGGUAUCACCAUUCACCCAGUUUAUGCCAGAACCCUGGGAGAUUACCACACCCCCUUCUCCCUACUUGUCUCCCAUAAAUCUGUCACCAAAAAUCUUGCCAAUUCUUUCUACAUAUCUCCUUCCCAUUUUCUUCAUCCCUGUUGCCACUACCUUAUUCCAUUCCAUCAUCAUUUCCCUGUCUUUUCUAUUGCAGAGGCUCUGGCCCUCCUGCCCCCUCCCUUGUUCCAUCCGUUCACUAUGCAGCCAGAGUGAAUGACUCUUCUAAUAUGCAAAUAUAAUUGCAUUGCUCUCUUGGUUAAAACCCUUCAGAGACAGCCCAUUAGUUACCCCAAGGAUAAAAUAUAGCAACCUAAACUUGACUUAAAAAGGCCUUCAGAUAGGGCCCUGUCUGCCUUACCAGCCUGCUGCAGUCCUCUUUCAAUUCCUUAAACUGAACGCAAUCUCUUUUGCUCUUAAACAUGUGAUUCCCUCUGCCUUGAUCACUCUUUUCCCUCCUCUUUGUCUCGCCAGCCUCCCUUCAUCCUUCAGGCUUCAGCUUAAAUAUUCCCAGAUUUUCCUAACUCUCCUGGAUAUUUCUGCUGUAUGCCAGCAUAGCUCUUUCUGUAAGACUCCUCACCCUAUCUUUGUUGAGGUCUGCGGUCCCAUUUGCUUUGGGGCAUCCAUGAUGGAAGGCCCAUGAGAGAUUUGUUCAGGAUUAUAAAACCUGGGGCAGGUGCUCAGUGCUUAGUGUCUAAAGCAAUUUUGGUGUCCUAUCGUGGUGAUCAGAGCUACUUUGAAUUAUUUCUGCCUUUUGAAAAUAAAUGUAAUUCUCAAAUGUUCCUGUUUUUGAAUAUAGUUUGGGAGAGCCCGCGGUGACCCCGUGAGUGGAGCCGGGCCGUGUGGGUGCUCCAGCAUGGAUGGCUACGCAGUCCUGAGAGUGAUCGGGGAGGGCUCCUUCGGCAGAGCCCUUUUGAUUCAGCAGGAAAACAGUAAUCGGAUGUUUGCCAUGAAGGAAAUACGGCUUCCCAAGUCUUUCUCUGGGACACAGAAUUCUAGGAAGGAGGCUGUUCUGUUAGCCAAAAUGAAGCACCCCAACAUUGUUACCUUCAAAGAAUCAUUUGAAGCUGAAGGACACCUGUAUAUUGUGAUGGAAUAUUGUGAUGGAGGGGACCUAAUGCAAAAGAUUAAACAUCAGAAAGGAAGGUUGUUUCCUGAAGAUAAGAUACUUAAUUGGUUUACACAAAUGUGCCUUGGAGUAAAUCACAUUCACAAGAAACGUGUGUUACACAGAGAUAUCAAAUCCAAGAAUAUCUUCCUCACCCAAAAUGGAAGAGUAAAACUGGGAGAUUUUGGAUCUGCCCGUCUUCUCUCUAGUCCCAUGGCAUUUGCUUGUACAUAUGUGGGAACACCUUACUAUGUGCCCCCGGAAAUUUGGGAAAACAUGCCUUAUAACAAUAAAAGUGACAUCUGGUCCUUGGGAUGCAUUCUGUAUGAACUCUGUACUCUUAAGCAUCCAUUUCAGGCAAAUAGUUGGAAAAGUCUUAUCCUCAAAAUAUGUCAGGGGUCCAUGAGCCCCCUGCCGUCUCAUUAUUCCUAUGAGCUUCAGCAUCUCGUCAAACAGAUGUUUAAGAGGAACCCCUCACAUCGCCCUUCAGCCACCACACUUCUCUCGAGAGGCACUUUAUCCCGGCUCGUCCAGAAGUGCUUACCCCCAGAGAUCAUCACAGAAUAUGGUGAGCAGAUAUUAGAGGAAACCAAAAAAUCAAAGCAUGGUACACCAAGAAAAAAGGACCCCAGCAGAAGCAGGAUACCUUUGGAAAAUGAAGCAAGCACAGUGCAAGGGGAAGAACAAGGUGGAAAGUAUAGCCACGCUGAUUUAGAAAGCGUUAAUCAAAAUUUGGUUGAAAGUGCACAGAGGAGAGUAAACAGAGAAGGGAAAGAUAAUAAAUCAGUCCAUUUGAGGAAAGCCAAUUCACCGAGUCCUCUCAGGCGACAGUGGGAGAAAAAUGUCUCCAGUUCAGCUCUGACAGCAUUGGAAAAUGCAUCCAUACUCACUUCCAGUUUAACAGCUGAGGACGAUCAAGGUGGGUCUGCAAUAAAGUACAGUGAAAAUAGUACCCGUAAGCAGUGGCUCAAAGAGACUCCAGAAACCUUGCUGAACAUCCUUAAGAAUGCUGAUCUGUGCUUGGCGUUUCAGACAUACACGAUCUAUAGACCAGGUUCACAGGGAUUCUUGAAAGGUCCCCUGUCUGAAGAAACAGAAGCAUCAGAUGAUGUCGAUGGAGGUCAUGAUUCUGUCAUUUUGGAUCCAGAGAGACUUGAACCUACGCUGGAUGAGGAGGACACGGACUUUGAGGAAGAAGACGGCAACCUUGACUGGGUGUCAGAACUGAAGCAGCGAACUGGCUGGCAGGGAGUGUCUGAUGGAUAAUGCCUGAGGCAGUGUGCUUAGUCACCCUGAGCAGAUGCUUCAGAUGAGAAAUUAAUGUUUGGAUAAAUAGAUCACGAAAUGUAUAUUUUCCUUUGGAAACAGAAUGAAGAGGGAGAAACUGUGAAUAUUUACAAUUGUUCCUGAUUAGUAUCAUGAGGUAAAAAAUCUAGAACUGUGAGUUUUUGAACUUAAAGGAGGAGGCAUAGCAUAAUGAGAAUGAGCUUUGGGCUUUUCGGUCAGAUAGACCAGAAAUUGGAUGCUGCCACUUAUGUUUGUGUGAUUGUGGGAAAUUACUUAACCCCCUUGAGCCCGAAUCUCCUCACUAUAAAAUGAGGAGAAGAACACCUACCUCACAGGGAUGCUGACCAUGGACCAUUACAGCAGCCCGUAAUGUUCUUAUUUGCAUUGUUAUGGUUUGUGUCUAUUAUUAUAUAACUCUUUUUACAUUUCCUAAAGGUUUGAGGAUCUAAAUAUAUUUAAUUAUAAUAAUG